CGUUCUCCCACUGAAAUUUCUUUGAGAUUAUCAUGCGGAGGCUGUACUGGAGAGUAUCCAGUCCUUGACAAACCUGCAAUUGGAUAGACACAAGUUUUAAAAUUAUGACAUUAUUCGUUUUUUAUUUUAAAUUUAAUUACACACUAAUUUCUCUAUUUAAUCAAUCAGAAGGCAAAGAGGAGUAAAAGAUUUAUCAAGUACUUCCUUUUUUUAAAUAAAUUAUUAUUAUCUUAACUAAAAAACAGUGAAUUUGAUAAAAAUAAAUAAAAAUAAAAUUUAAAAGAAAUCCUCAAUGAAAAAGUUUUAGUGAAUAUUUAAAAUUUUAGAGAUGGGUAAUAAUAGUGAAAUAAAACAAAUGACAAGUGAAAAAUACAGUUUACGACCACGUAGCAGUGUACGGCGAAAAUUUAAAUUUGAUGAUGAUUUUGAAAAUGAAGAAUUUCACACAAUUAAUGAUAAUUAUGGGAGAAAAAUUGUUGUUAAUCGUGGAAAACUCAGUGUGAAACAUAGACCACCACCUUUGAGUAAAUAUAGACGAAAAACAGCAAAUGCACGAGAAAGAUCGCGAAUGAAGGAAAUUAAUUCGGCGUUUGAAACUCUUCGAAAAGCAGUGCCUUCAUAUAUGCCAGAAUUAGUACUCGCGCAAGGCGAUGGAACAAAUGAAAAACUGACCAAAAUAACAACAUUAAAAUUAGCAAUGCUGUACAUAUCGGGUUUAACAGAAUUACUUCGCAAGGAGAAAGAAAAUGAAGAGGAAAGAUUAUGCCUACUGGAUAAAAGUGUCGAAUCUCUGGUGAAUUAUCAUCCCACACUUUUCAGAAAUUGUGGAGAUACGUGCACCUUAGCUGCUUUGAAUACCACCACCUACGACAUUUUUGAAUCGUCAAAUUCUGUUCUGAAUGACUGUGGUAGUGAUGGGGAAAGUUUUCAUUCCGGCGACACUUUGGAGAAUUUUAUUAAAGAACCGAUGGAGGUCCUUGUUCCUGAUUUGGAUCUUAAUUUCCCUGAUAAUUUAAUUGACACCGAAUUAAGUUAACAUAUUUUAAUUCAACAAUAAUAUUUCACAGCAUCGAUCUCGCAUUUGUAAAUUUUCCUGUACUGUAAUAUAUCCUCAUAAGCUUGUAAACUAAUUUUAAAAUUUAAAUUAAAUUAAAUUAAACUUUAUUAUUAAACUAAAAAAUUAAAGAUUAAAAUAAAUAAUAAAUUUUAAUUGAA